GAGUCAACCGGUCAUUUCGAAGCACGCUUCCUUUGUUUAUUUACAAUUUAUUCAGGUGAUAAUAUAAGAUUGAUGGCUUCAUAUCUCAAGAUAUGCAGAGUGCUAACAUGAUAGAGAGUGUGAAGGUUAGGCAGAGAGGAGCCUAUGACUUUGAGGCACACUAUAACUAUCUAUGUGCACUACAGGAUUCUGUGCCACUGCCAGCUGUGAAGGCACACCUGAGUGAUGGGGUUCUGGAUGUCAGUGGAGACAGAGUCAGGGCCAAUGACUGGGUUCCCCUCUUAAACACAUUGAGGAUCAACAAAACCUUAGAGUUUAUAGCUUUCAGAAGUUAUUACAGACAGGUUGCAGAUAAAACUGAUCCCAGAUCACAGGUACUUAAAAGAAAGACACCUGCCAUCCGCUCCAAGGAGAUCACAUACCGACUGUGUAGGUCACUUCGGGAAUGUCUGACUGUCACUCCAUCACUGACCUGCCUCGAGCUGCAGGGAUUACCUCUGAGAGAGAGGGACCUCACUGUGCUGGCUAAGGGUAUACUAAAGAACAGGACUUUGAAUCACCUGUCACUUGAAUACUGCCCUAUAGGAGAUGCUGGUUUGGAAAUCCUGUGUAAGGCCAUCAAGAACAGUGGAAACAUUGCCUCUGUCAACUUCACAGGGUGUGGCAUAACCUCCAAAGGAGCAGACAUGUUGGCAAAGAUAGUCAGGCACCAAGCCAUGAAAAGACAUAAUGAAGCCUGGCAGGACAGUUUACGCUACCGACGCCCAGAUUUGGACAAAAUGGCAGGUUUGCGUCGGAUCACAAUGAACUGCAACCCCCUUGUUGGCGAUGCAGGAGCAUCGGCAUUUGCUGAAGCAUUAAAAGAUGACUUGUGGCUUAAGGCCCUUGACAUCCAGCAGUGUGGAGUGGGCAGUUCUGGAGGAAAAGCCUUACUGGACACACUGAAGUUCAACACCACCAUCGUAGUUCUGGACAUCAGAGCUAACCCCAUGAUUGAUCGCAACACACUACAGAGUAUUAUGGAACACAUCAUGAUAAACAGCAAUGGGCAGGACACAGAGUACAAAUGGAUCAAGGCAGAAAGCCCUAAAGAUCCCAUGAAGAUUACCUUUGGCAGAGUUCCUACUAGGAAAAGGAGAACCGUUACACUGAAUGGCAGUAUUGGCAAAAAAACAAGUAUCAAGAUUUCUCGAGACGCUGGAAGAAAAAGAUCCAAGACCAGUCCUGGUAUUAGUAGGGCCAUGCAGCAGGUCCAACCCAAACCAGGUUUGCCAUGGAGAACUGCUCUGAGGGCCUCCAGGUACAAAGGCUUCCCUCCAGAACACACCCCUGGGAGGGCCAGUGUGCAGGAAAACAUGGAGAAUACCACGCCUCCUCUGACCCCUGCAGUCAGCCUCCACAUGGAAUCCAACAAUAAUGAGACCACUACCACCACCACAGACUACGAUGAUGAUACUGUGUACCAGAAUGCUACAGCUGAGAGAGAUGUUGUACAGAGUGAGGUGAACCUGGGCGCAAUCAAGGAGAUGAAGAUUGAGUUGGAGCAGUUAAGAAGACAGCUGGCUGAAGAGAAGCAAGCAAGAUCCAAGGCUGAAAACAAGAUGUUGGAGCUAACUGUAGAAAAUGGCCGUCUUCAUCAAGAGAUCAGCACCCUACGCGCACAGCUGGAGAGAAGUCCACUUGAUGACGAUAAAGUCCUGGAGAGUAUAGAAUCCUCCUUUAAACAGUUUCAUUCCUUUUUAGACAUGCUCAGGGAAGCAGGCCUAGGUCAGCUGAUAACUGUGGCAGGAUUGGACCAAAGUGCCAUGCCAUUUGGUAAACCGACUGCUCCAGGAUACCAGAUGGAAGCACAGGAACCACCAGUGUCAACAUCAUACCCAAGACAGUACCAUUCCCAGGGUGACCUACCUGUACCAAGGCGAAGAUCCCAGUCUUCUGCUCCUCGAAUGGGAACUGCUAGUGCUUCCCAUGCUCAUGUGGGUUCUGCCAGAGUCCCUGCUCUCCAUACAGCAGUGGCGCCACCUUUCCAGCAGAGUGAAUGGCAAGAGGAGAGUGGGGACUAUGAGUCACCCCAACAGCCAUUGUUACUACCCACCCAGGCCAAGCCUGAUGCAGACUACGCAGAGGACAGGCAUCAUACAAUACAACCCCGUGUCAGGCCAGACAACUACCAAGCCACUAUAGAUCCCACAAUGCAGCACGGUGGUGACUAUGAAAUGAGCCAACCUCCUGUAAGGCUUCCUCCUCCACAGAGUGAUGAGCUGUAUCAGAGACUGUUACAAGAUACCAGAACUGUACUGCCCCAUGCAGCAUCUAGGGGUGACGCCCCUCCUGCCCAGCCUGCUGUUAUUUUAAUAAAAGGAGUAGAGUCUUCUGACAUCAAGGGGCGAAAUGAAGAACAUCACCAUGAAGAUGGCAUGCAGCCCCCUGCUAUCAGAAUAGAUCCAGGAGAAACACAGCAUAAACAGAAGCAAGGGCAUGGUGGUAAAAAGUUCAAAGAGCGGGGACAUUCUGGGGAGUCUGAUUCAGGUGCCUCUAAUGGAUCUGGACACAGUGACUCUAAACAUUCAUCCAGACAUUCACAUCACAGUAAAAGUUCUUCCUCCCAUAGGUCAACUCCCAUAGAUGACCACUAUGGUCACUCAGGGAGCUCGGGAGGGUCAACUGUUCAAGGUCAUCCAAAGAGGGAGCCACCAGUGGGUGGAGGUGUGGACAAAAGGUUACAAGAUAGGACCAAUUCACGGGAUGCCUCACCAGUGCCCAGUUCACCAGAGGCUUCACCGAUGAAAUCUCCUCCCUUCAGCUCUCCAGAUGUUUCUCCCGUGAAACAUGUUGAGGCCAGUGACCUUUCCAGUAUCUCUGAGGAACACAGCAAGUACAGUGAAAAGUUUGAGAGAUCUGAAGUAAGCGAGGUGGAGGAAGACAUUAAGGAGGACAUCCGAAUGUCUCCUCCUCCACAACCUCCAGAAAGUGAUGAGGAGUUUUAGAAAAAUAACAUUUAGGGCUAGUUUUUAAGUACAGAGUGACCCCGAGUUGCAAACAUUUGAGUUAAAUAUUAUCAAAGAUGUCUGCCAUGUAACUCACUAUUCCUCUUUACCCAAUCCGGUCCUCUGGCAGGGCCACGUUUUCAAGAUAAGAUAAUAGACUUAAAAAAACAACAACAUGGUAACACAAUUGUAACGUACAAACAUCCAGUUUGUGAACUGUAAAAUGCUGACUUUGGUUUGCAACCUCUCAUAAUGUAACCUGUUUGUAACUUGGGGUCACUGUAUUUCCUGAAUAUUUCUAUAGUGUUGGAUUUUCCCUUGUUUGUCUUUAAAAGUGAAGAAAGUCUCAAAUUGUUUUUAAAUUAUUAUUUCAUCACAACUUGGUGUAAAAAUGCCAAAGGACUGACUUAGUUUUAAAUGUCAUGUUCCAACAUGUUCAUACUGUCACUGCCAAUGAACAUUCUGCCAAUACCAUUUAGUGCAUUAAGAAUUGAGCUUACUAUAUCAAGAUAUUUGUCAUUCUGGGACUUUGUUAUGCAUGAAAUAGAUAAGUAGAUAAAUAAAAGGAAAGAAAAAAAGGUCCAUAAACAGUCUAACUAAUAUGGCUUUAAACCUUAGAAGAAAUGCAUUUUACAAAAAAAUCGUCAAAGGUUUUCACCUUUUUGGUAAACUCUGCACAAACGAGAAGCUUAAAGGAAGAAAUGAUGUGUAGUCACCCUAUUUACAUUGGAUAUAUACAGCAUUGCACAGGCUUUGUUUUCAUACAUUGGGGGGGGGGGGGGACU